AUCCUCCAGGAGCUCGAGACCUCUCCAGGUUCCUCUGUUUAUUUCUCGACGGGACCACUAAAAUAACCGCGGUUCACCUCCACUCUCAUAUGCGGUCUCAGAAACCAAGACGACGCUGCGUUUGUCCUGCUAAGUGCCAUGGCUAGAAAGACGGACAUUCCCUCCUCUUACUACGGUGAGCCACGCAAGUUUGACCCAAACUUCAGAGGGCCGGUUCACAACAGGAGCUGCACUGAUGUGAUCUGCUGUGUUAUCUUCAUCAUCGUCAUCCUCGGCUACAUCGCUCUGGGUACCGUGGCCUGGAUCCAUGGCGACCCCAGGAAGGUCGUCUAUCCAACGGACAGCCACGGUCAAUUCUGUGGCCACAAGAACACCCCAAAUGCAAACAAAGCCAUAUUAUUCUACUUCAACAUGUUGAAAUGUGCCAAUCCUGCAGUUUUGAUUAACCUCCAGUGCCCUACAACCCAGCUCUGUGUCUCCAAGUGCCCUGACAGAUUUUCAACUCUUCUGGAUGCAUGGAAUACCAAAAACAUGGGAUAUUACAAGCAAUUCUGCAAACCGGGCUUCGAGAUUAGCAGCAAGUUAGUUUCAGAAGUGAUACGAGAUGAAGACUGCCCCUCUAUGAUCGUGCCAAGCAGACCUUUUCUUCAGCGGUGCUUCCCUGAUUUCAUUACAAGAAAUGGAAUUCUAACUGUAGCCAAUCAGACCAUCUUCAAAGACGGGGACAAUAACAGGAGAAGUGUCAACGACCUCAAAGAUGCUGCCAAAGGUAUCGCCAGUCUGCUGAAUGCCAAAGAAAUUGGCAUGAAGAUCUUUGAGGAUUAUGCAAAUUCCUGGGACUGGAUCCUCAUUGGUCUGGUGAUCACCAUGCUGGUUAGUCUGGCCUUUAUCCUGCUGCUGCGCUACACUGCUGGCGUGCUCCUGUGGCUCAUCGUCUUUGGUGUCAUCGCUGCGGUUGGCUUCGGUAUCUGGCACUGCUACUGGGAGUACAGCACUUUGAGUGGGAAGCCAGGUGCAAAUGUCACCAUCUCUGACAUUGGCUUUCACACAGACUUCAGCAUUUACCUUCAGCUCAGCCAAACAUGGCUCAUCUUCAUGAUCUCACUUUCUGUGAUCGAGGCCAUCAUUGUGGUAAUGCUGAUAUUUCUGAGGACGAGGCUGCGCAUUGCUAUUGCAUUACUGAAGGAGGGAAGCAGGGCCAUCAGCUACAUCAUGUCCACUCUCUUCUACCCCAUCAUCACCUUUUUCCUUCUGGCCAUCUGCAUCGCUUACUGGGCCGUCAUAGCAGUCUUCUUAGCAUCGUCUGGUAAUGCAGUCUACAAGGUCACACCCACUGAUGAUAAAUGCAUGUAUGCCAACCUCACAUGCAGUCCAAAGACCUUCAGUCAGACCAAUAUUACCAAAGUGUGUCCUGGGUCACAAUGCAUGUUUGCCUUCUACGGCGGGGAAAGCGUGUACCACCGCUACAUCCUCGUCCUCCAUCUGUGUAACCUGUUUGUGUUCCUCUGGCUGGUCAACUUUACCAUCGCGCUGGGCCAGUGCACCCUGGCUGGGGCCUUCGCGUCCUACUACUGGGCCUUGAAGAAGCCAAAUGACAUCCCUCCAUGUCCCCUCUACUCCUCUUUUAGCCGAGCUAUACGUUACCACACAGGUUCUCUUGCCUUCGGUUCUUUGAUCCUCGCUGUGGUGCAGCUGAUCCGGAUUGUUCUCGAGUACCUGGAUCACAAACUGAAAGGUUCUCAAAAUGCAUGCGCUCGAUUCAUGAUUUGCUGCCUCAAAUGCUGCUUCUGGUGCCUAGAACAUUUCAUCAAGUUUAUAAACAGAAACGCAUACAUCAUGAUAGCAAUAUAUGGAAAGAACUUCUGCACCUCUUCCAAGGAUGCUUUCUUCCUCUUGAUGAGGAAUGUUAUUCGGGUGGCUGUCCUGGACAAGGUGACAGACUUUCUGCUGUUCUUGGGAAAACUUCUUAUUUCAGGAAGUGUUGGCGUUCUGGCAUUUUUCUUCUUUACACGUAAAAUUCCGGUCAUUCAAGAGGAGGUGCCAUCCCUAAAUUACUACUGGGUCCCCCUCCUGACGGUGAUAUUUGGAUCCUACAUGAUUGCACAUGGCUUUUUCAAUGUGUAUGCCAUGUGUGUGGACACGUUGUUCCUGUGCUUCUGUGAAGACCUGGAGAGAAAUGAUGGUUCUUCCUCCAGGCCCUACUACAUGUCUCCUGGCCUGCACAAGAUCCUGCGCAAAGGAGAGGAGGGUGCCAAAUUAUGCGCUACCUCCUGAGCGAAGUGCAGCCAUUUUUACUGAACUGCUGACUCUCUUACUCACUUCUCCAUAUCUGCUGUACGUGUUGGGGUUCUGGAUGUAAGAGCGAGUACUGUAGGGCUAAACAUCAAAACUGGAUGCAUCCCAGCCUGGUCAGGGAUGGCCUGGACAUGAAAGGACAUGCUUUUACUUGAGUUCCUCCCAGAAAAGGCACGGGGGACUAAAAAAAAGACCAGUUUACUUCCUCUCUUGAGCCAACUCAGACACUUGCCUUUUUUUUCUGCCAUGCUUAUUUUCUUUUUUCUUCUCUGUAUUCUCUGCUGACCUCUGCCUUACUGAGAGGGUACAUGUUAACUCGCAGGACGGACGCACAGGCUGAGAUGAAUAUGAUACGAGCAUUUUUACCCAAACAAACAUAAGGACCUUUAGAUGUACAGAUGCCAAUGAUGGACUAUGGCAUAAGGCUACACCAUUAAAAAGUGGUGGACUCAUGGGCACCCUCUUGUCGCACUUUGGUCUUCUAGUGUAAAAUCAUGUUUUGUAUGCACUUUCACAUAUGGUAAAAGAACCAUGUGAUUUAUUUCUUCUGUCGAGCAUGAUUAUUUUGCUGGCUGUUGAUGUUUACCAAUGGUUUUAUAGGUUGCUUCAAUCCACCGUAUUUAAACUAACACAAACACACAGAUCCAAAAAUGGUGUGUAAUUCUGCACUUAGCAAAACAGGUUUCUCUUAUGUUACAUCAUUAAAAAAACCUCACAAUCAAAGUUUCCAUUAUGCUCAUAGAUGUACUGUAAACCAGACAGAGACUUUGUGGGAGGUAAAGACUUCAAAAGACAUUUUAUGGUUUUUGCUUAAACUUUGAACCUGACAGUUUUCAGGAAACUUCUGAAUGCAGCCACUAGUUUAUGUGCCUAGUUGUGAAAAAAAUAAAAAAAAAUUGUUCCUCUUA